GUAAAAAAUUAUCUCCCCUCGCCAUCCUUCCUCUCCUUCCCAAGUCUUCCCACCCAGGCGCAGAAGUGGCUCCGGCGGCCGGAAAGUCACCGGCGAUUCGGCGGCGCCGGCGGCGGCGGACCCCUUUCUCCACCCCUGCCUUGCUCCCUCCCGUCUCCUCCAUCAGCUGACUUAACUACACUCCGUAGGAGAUUUUCAGAUCGAGAUUGCCGGCCAUGGCGUCGGGCCUUGUCGUCGCCGCCACCGACCCCCUCCGCGCCUUCCUCGCCUCCGCCGCCGCCUCCCACGACCUCCCCGCUGACCUCCGCGACCUCGCCUCCUCCCUCGCCGCCCGCUCCGCCGUCCCCUACCGCUCCCUCCGCGACAUCUGGUGCGCCGCCUCCCCCGGCGCCCGCCCGCCCCUCCGCCGCCUCCUCCACGGCGCCGACUUCCUGCUCUCCAGCCCCAAGCCACGCGACAAGAGCGAUGAGCUGAAGGCGAGGCUGGACAAGCUCAGGGAGAUGCAGGAGAGGAAGGAGUACGCCGAACUCGUCAGGGAUGUCGCGCCGCCGGCGAAGGAGGACAGCCCCGAGCUCUUCUCCUCCUACAAGGACCAGAUUGGAUUUGGUCUUCAUGUUGUUCUUAUAAUGUUCACGGGUUAUUUGGUUGGAUUUGUUGCUUUCAGAGCUCUGUUCAACAACAGUCCUGUAAUGAAUGCUGCUGGAGGCAUCUUAGGAUUAGUCGGUGGCAUGCUGAUGGAAACGGUUCUUUUCAUCAUCAGAUCAUCUAGUAAAGAAUUGGCCACUUCUGUUCCAAGACCAAAGAAAGUUCAGUAGACAUCUGUUUUGGUUUCAAUAGUCAGUUUUAAUGAGGAUACGACUGAAGUUUUUACCUUCUGAUCUGAAGUGAACAAUACGAAUGAUGAGAAACAUGUUGUAAAUGUAGCCGAUAAGUGAUCCGAGGGGUCACAUCAGGAGGAGUUAUUUGUGGAGUCCGCGAUGGGAUGAAAAUGUAAUUAUCUUUAGUUUUGUCGAUGUUCUAUGCCAGUGCACAAUCUGUCUGAUCAGGAUAAUAUAUUACACGGCGUUAUCAGUCGAUAUAUUAAUUAAUUUGCCAGCUGGGUUGUCAA